GCGUCCUGCGUCGCACGCCAACGACGUCACUCUUCCCGAGUAGGAAGUGGCGGGGCUGUGAGUUGGAUCUUUCGUUGUUGGUUUUUUUUCCUUUCAGUUUCCGAUUAAAAAUAUCGAUGGUUUAUUUAGUAAAAUGAAAGUUCGGCCGCCUCGCACAUGGACAACAGUACUGCACUGCCUCCUGAUCUCAGGGCUGAUCGUGGAGGCCAUCGAGCCCGUGUCCACCUCGCUGCUGCUGGGGACCGGAGCUGCAGUGCUGGGCAAGAAACUCUAUCACUAUUUUUAUGAAACAUGCGACGAAAACUGGCUCAACUUUAAUGCAACAGGACUGAAGCAUGACCUCAGCACGAAGCUGUACGGGCAGCACGUCGCGGCUCAGGUCGUCCUGAAAGCAGUCACAGGCUUCAUGAACAACGAAAACCCAAAGAAACCUCUGGUUCUGUCUCUCCACGGCUGGACCGGGACCGGGAAGAACUUCGUGAGCCAGCUUAUAGCGGAAAAUAUCUACCAGAAAGGGAUGACGAGCAACUUCGUUCAUCUGUUUACAGCGACAGCACACUUUCCUCACGAGGCUCACGUCGACAAAUACAAGACCCAAUUACAGGAGUGGGUACGAGGGAAUGUUUCUAUCUGCCCACGUUCGAUGUUCAUCUUUGAUGAAAUGGAUAAAAUGCAUCCCGGACUGAUCGACAGUAUUAAACCUUACCUGGACUUCUAUGACAACCUGAACGGAGUCUCGUACAGAAAGGCCAUCUUCAUCUUCCUCAGCAAUGCUGGAGGUGAGAAGAUCGUUGAGGUGGCUCUGGAUUUCUGGAAGGAUGGUAGAGAACGAGAGGAGAUCCAGCUGAAGGAUCUGGAGACGGCACUUUCACUCUCCGUCUUCAACAACAAAAACAGUGGUUUCUGGCACACUAGUUUAAUCGAUAAGAACCUGGUGGAUUACUUUGUGCCAUUUCUUCCUCUGGAGUACAAGCACGUCAUUCAGUGUGGUUUGGCUGAGAUGGUCUCCAAGGGUCACGCCCCAGACAAAGAAGUGGUUGAAGCCAUGGCCCGCGACCUGAACUACUUCCCUAAAGAGGAGCGUGUCUUCUCCAUGCAGGGCUGCAAGGUCAUUCCCGCCAGACUGGACUUCUAUGUUUGAUCGAGAGCAGAAAAAAAACAAAGACUCAACGACAGCAAACUGGUUUUCUUCUGUGUCCUUUUUUUCCCCACAGAGGAAUCGCAGAAUUGCUCCUCAGACUGAAUUAUGCGAUGUCACGCUCUCUAAAGACGGGGAUGUUUUUACUCAAUCACAGGUGUUUUAUACACUAAUGGAGACUGUUUUAUUAAUGUCGGCUCAGCGGCUGGAGUCCUUGUUCUCAAGGCCGUUUCUGUUCAAGAUGGAGUUGCAGAGGAAGCGUUUUAAUUAAAUGACUUUUGCACAUUGUGGAGCUCGUAAAAACACUGGCUGUCAGCGAUUUUAUAAUGAUCUGUAUUAAUGAUGAUGGGAAAAGUUAAUUUGC